CACUUUAUUGCAUUCUCGUACGUUUCACACAACAUAAUAAUCAAAGUAGAUAAAAAUGUCAUUUUUUGAAAACAAUAAUCAAAUGUUGUGCGUUACCAGGGUGACCGGCGUAAACUACCAAGUGUGCUGCUAGGCUAGCUAAACUAUGCUCUAGUUAAACUACUGGCCUUUUAUUGUCCAUAAAUAUAGCUAGUAAACUUCAACACGUUUCGUGAAGACACUGUUCACAGACCAUCAGGAUGCCGGUUCCUUUGUCUGGGGUAGAGCUGCUCAGACUGUGUACAGUGCUCCAGGACUGUGCUGCACAGCUGUCAGUGCUGGGUCACAUCAUGCCCGACAGCUACAGGGGUCGUCCAGAAGCUGAUAAGUUUGUGUCAGCUGACAUUGGACAGGUCCUUGAACAGCAGAAAGGGGCAGAGCAGAACCUGAAAGCAGCCCGUCAGUUUGAGAGAGAGUCGAGGGGACUGUCAGAUGCCACCCGUGAGCUGCACAGAUCCCAGAAGGAACUGAACCGCACACUAGAGGAGAACCCACUGUCCCCUGACAACCUAGCCAAGGUGCAGAGAGACAGUCAGUUUGUGGCUCACGUGAUUGCUGAUGUGUUGGCAGAGCUGCAAGAGAGAGGGACCUUUCACAGCUUGCUUUUCGCUGUGGGAGAAGAGAAAAGAAGGAAGGCCAACCUCCUGGACAUAAUAAUCAGGGAGGAGGGCGGCCGGCAGAGGACCAAAGCUCUUCAGAGACAGCUGCUUGACAUCCGCAAGGAAAAAACUCUGGAGCUGCAGCGACGCGAGGAGAUGACUGCCCACCUGAAGGACCAGCUACAGGAGAUGAAGGCUAAGACUGGGCUGGAGAGGAAGUAUGUGAAGAGCAGCGCAGAGCUGCUGGUGUACCAGGGACAGAAGAUCAACACACACUCUGAGAAGCAGCUGGAGGAUGAGAUCAGGCUACAGCAGGAGAGGUUGGAGGAGGAGAGGAGAGUUCAUAUGGAGAUGGAGACUUUCCUCAAGGAACAUCAGACAAGUCUGGGGGAGAAGCUGGAGGUGUGGAUGGAGCGCUAUGAGAGAGACAUGGAGGACAAGCAGCAGGAGCUCAACAGCCUGAGGAACAACAAAGCUAACAAUCUCUCCCAGCUCCAGGAGCUGGCCAAGAAGUACAGAGACAGUGAGCAGGUGGUCAUCGAGGACAGGAUGGAGAAAGAGGCCCUACGCAGGAAGCUGGAGAAGGAACAUAUGGAGCGAGACGCAGCCACCAAGAUCCAGUCGUGGUGGAGGGGAACAUUAGUGCGACGCGGCCUGGGCCCCUAUAAGAAAGGCAAGAAGCCCAAGUCCAAGGAGGGAAAGAAGGGAAAGAAGAAAAAGUGAGGUGUCCCUUCUUCAAGAGCGCCAGUGAAAGGAAACCAAAACAAUGUCUCAAUACAGAUAUGUUACUUUUCAUCAAUGUUCAAUUCCUGAUUACAGACAAUCUAAGUCAACACUUGGACUGUAGGCAAAUAUAUCUUCAAUGAGAAAAGCUUGUUUUUUCUUUAACAGAGUAAAGUUGGCAUGGUCAUUUUGAAUACUACUAUCACCAUUGCCAGGUUCUUACUUAUAUGCAGUCUAACACAAGGGCAAGAAUGGUAAUAAACAAGCGUACUCAUGAGACUGAAAUGGGUAACUUUUAUUAAUGCACUUUAAAAGAAUGUCAAAUAUUCAUACCAGAAAAUAAUCAUUCAAAUUUGUACAUGUUUUCAGGGACAAUUUCUCAGCAAACGGUGUAAAAAGUUAAAAAGACCAUGUUGCGGUCAUGAAAGAAGGUCCUCUCUUUCUGGUACCUACUUGUAAACAUAUGGAAUGUAUCUUUUACUGUACAAAUGUCACAGGGUCCAGACCCAGCAGUAGGGGCACAUGAUUUCUGCUGGAGAAGGCCCAAGUCAGUCGACAUAAGUCAGGAGGGGUGAAAAUAUCUAAACAAAACAUUUAUAAUAUAUUUAAAAUCACCUUUAACUUCCCUUUUCAGAAAUCUGAGUCUAUCAAAAACAAAGUUAAAAUAGUAAAAACAUACCUCAUAUUUUUUCACUUCAGAAGCUACGUAGGCAGAUUCCCAGUCUACAUCGCUUUUACUGUAGGGAUGUGCAUCUAUGUAGGCAGCCUACGUAGCUUUUACUGUAGGGAUGUACAUCUAUGUAGGCAGAUUCCCAGUCUACAUCGCUUUUACUGUAGGGAUGUGCAUUUAAGUAGGCAGCCUACGUAUCCUUUACUGUAGGGAUGGGCAUCUAUGUAGGCAGCCUACGUAGCUUUUACUGUAGGGCUGUGCAUCUAAGUAAGCAGCCUACGUAGCUUUUACUGUUGGGAUGUGCAUCCAAGUAGGCAUCCUACGUAGCUUUUACUGUAGGGAUGUGCAUCAAAGUAGGCAGCCUACGUAGCUUCUGAAGGGAAAAAUAUAUCAGAGGUAUGUUUUUACCAUUUUAACUUUCUUUUAGAUGGAGUUCUGAAAAGGGAGGCUGGGAAUCUGCCUACAAGAUCCCCGACCCUAUCAAUCAGUGGUCCUUGGGUCAGUCUUCACCAGAGUAUUAUUGUCAGCUCUAAGGCUAGCACUCCCUCAUCCCCCUCCCUGGGAACGAGAGGUUGUGUCUGCCUCAUUAGAACUAAGAGUCAGUCCGUUAACCUGACUUUCUGUGGGUAACACUGCUCUAAGUAGAGCUGGGCCAUGUUCAUUAGGGCAUGCAACUGAACAGCAAUGUUUCUUAUUGGACAAGUACAGGUAAUCCCUGUUUCAGUGUGUUUUCUUCUGUUUGGUGCCUAAUGAACACAACCUUGUCAAUGGGGUUCACUAAGGACAGCGCUAGUGAAAAAUAAAUACUGUUCCGGUCUGGCAGAUUACUGUAACCGCUGCCAGACCAAAUUAGCAAUAUGUACACCUGUGUGUGUAGCAAGAGCCACAUUUGUGUCUAUAAGAUGUGGUUGAACAAUUCACCAAAAACAACUUGAUCAUGAGAAUAGGAAAGGUGUCUUGAACACUGUCAAUAGUUAAAUCUGUAGAUCCAUUUGAAUGUCAUACAAGCUUGGCUACAUGUAGUGAUAAAAAGAUUAGUUCUGUGCAUGAGGGAGACACUAUGUCAAAUUCACUACUACUUGUCUACGGUCUCAACUCUCCAUGUUGAACUCAAGUGUGAAGGUGAGGUGGUUUGUAAAAAAAAAUACAAGAAAAAAAUUAACAUUUGUUUGUAGAAAAUUAAAAAGGUAGUGUAUGUUUAUCCCCAGUGCCUUUGCCCCAGAACCUGGCCGGCCCCAACAGCUCAUCAGUAGAGUGGACUACAAUAAGAAAUAACCGUUACUGCAAGAUAAAAACACAGAUACUAAUGCAAAGUUGCAGGCCUUGAUGUCAUGCUGUCAGUCAACCUGCCCAUAUAGUCAACCUGCCCAUACAUACACCCUUGAUUAGAGACUUGACUGAGCUGUGCUCAAGGAAGAAGUUGCCUGUAAACACUGGUCUAUGAUCAGCUUGAACCAAUCCCACUUGUAACACUAACCCUUUAAGAGGCCUGUUUUAUUUUCUUAUAGUACUUUUUAUUUUACUUCCCUGGCCCAGCGCUUAGGGACAUCGUCCAAUCCAUGUAGCUACACGAGAAUGCAGCUCCUUGUGGAAAAACAUGAAUUACAGCUUUAUACAUGGGUGAUUCUACAGAAGUGGUGCAAAUUGCAAUCCCACCCCGGAAA